CCCUUUUGAACCUGCCCACGUUCACGUGCUUACUUCGGACAUGACUGGGGAAAUGAAAGUUUGGUUAAACGAAAGUUUAGAUAUUGAGGAAUGUUACAACAUUCCUCGCCACAAUAAAAAUUUUUCCUUUUCAGGCUUUCGACUGCUGGAAGGUGAAAAAUUACAACCUACCAUUUUAGAGGUUGAAUGUGAUAAAGAAUUUAUUACUGCUCAUUUGAGUGAUAGUCGUUCUAUUACUAUUCCUACUGGCUGA